AAAAUAAGUUUUCAAAGACUGAAAAAUGUGGAGCUUUGUAUUGGUAGCGGCGCUGUUCGCGACCGCGCGUUCUAAACAAAUACCAUCCAAUACCGAUUUAGCUACAACGUCAGUAGCGACGGCCACGGAUGCGGUCACGGAUUGGCCAGGAGCCCUGGCGCCUCUGGACACCCUAGCAGUCGCAUGCGAGAAGGACAACAUGCAUGUGACCGUCUCGCUAGCGCACACACUCAAACACCCCAAUAGCGUCUACGACACAUUCAACGGUAUCGUGUAUCCAGCGGGGUUAGGCACUAACUCCACGUGCCUGCGGGAGUACGUCUCCGCGAAGGGCGACUUGCAGUACACCGUCCCAUUGAAGGGCUGCAACACCAUGUCCAUUGAUAACGAGGACGGCACUGUAGAAUACUACAACAACAUUAUAGUGCAGCCACACUUGCGACUGGUGACGGGACAAGGCAGGGGAUACCACGUGCGCUGCCGCUACCGUAGACGCGACCUGACGCUGUACCACGUGCACCGCCCCAGAGCCGACCGCCUCACCGCCACUAGCGGAAACGACAAUGAUGAAUACGACGAGGAUUCGGGUCUGUUGCCGUCUGUCACGAUGAAGAUCUUCAAGGGAGACCCCGAAGAUAAGGAGGUGGCGUCGAACGUCAAAAUCGGUGACAGCCUGACCCUCGUGGUGUCGCUGGAGAAGCAGAGGCAAUACGGACUGCUGGUGUCCGAAUGCUCAGUGCGUGACGGCCUGGGCUGGGCCGAACAGAGCCUCAUCGCUGAUGAUGGGUGUCCUCUCGACGGGGAGAUAAUGGGCCUGUUCCAAUACUCCCGGGAGAAGCAAGAGGCGCACGUGGCGUUCCCGGCGCACAAGUUCCCAUACACCGCCAGCGUGUACUACACCUGCGAGGUCAAACUGUGCGAUCUUAACCAUCCCACGGACUGCGAGCCGUGUUCCCACAAACAGAACCGCGUCCGUCGUCAGUCGGACGACGGCGCGCCGGCCACCGUGGAGGUGUUUUCGGGCCUGUGGGUCAACGAGGCGGACUCGCCCGAAAACGAUGACGUAACUUCGGAAAAGAAGGAAGAUACCAUAUGUAUAUCGCAGCGUCACUUCGCGAUCGCGAUUUGCGUUGCGGGCGUCAUACUUAUGAUCUGCGUCAUCGCGGCCAUCGCCUUCAUCCUCGCUCGAAGACGGAACCCCAAGUCUUACUCGAGGACCGGCAGCUCCCUCUACAGCACACUGCCGUACACUAACACGGGCUACUCGCAAACCAGCUAGAGUCACCCUGUAUACAUUUAGUAAUAACUUACAAAAUCUAGAAUCAACCUAUAUACAUUGGCUAAUUUCCUAUAAAACCAGCUAGGAACAUCCUGUAUACUUUGAGUAAUAACGUAUAAAACCAUUUAGUAACAUAUGUAUAGUUAUACGUUGAGUUAAGAACUAAUUAAACUGGUUAAAACUGGUGUAAGCAUUGAGUAAUAACAUCAGCUAGGAACAGCUAGGAACAUCCUGUAUACAUUGAAUAAUAAUGUAGUAAAGUCACGGCAUGCAAAAGUGGUAUCUUCUACUUUUUACAUUAUUACUCUGAGCAUACGAAAUCAUGGAUCCUAAUAAAAUUGCGGUAUAAAGUAAUAAUUACCACUAUUGUAUAACAGUCCGUAAACAGGUACGUUAACCCAAUGUGCGAAAAAGACACGCAAUAUCAUAUAAUGAAAAAAGGGAUGGAAGCCCUAAUUGUGUCAUUUAGGUUUAGCGUAAACGUUAGUGUUCGACGAAUUCGAGUUGGUUUUCAGGUACAACGAAAUUUGUAAACUUUGUGUUUGGUGAAUUAUGAAUAUGUAUUUGUAAAUUUGGUGUGUGUUUGCUUUGCCAUCAUAGUUUUCUUUAUGGGUAAAAUUGAUUUUACUAAGACUAAAAUAUAAAAAGUAACCUUUAAGAAAAAGGAUUAUUAAUAUGCAAUUCAUUAAUAAAAGACAGUAGAAAACAAUAUUUUUAUCUAUACUAUUAGUUAUUUAAAUAUAGAAUGUUGUGUUCAAAACUCACAACGAUUCAGUCAUUGUUUAGUUUAGGUAUUACCGAAUAAAUAAGAUUAAGUCGUAACUAUAUUUGAAUUUAUAUUAGAAACUCUAGAUUUAUUUAUCUUAUUAUUGUGAUACAUAAUUCGUGCAUUAUUAUCCGUCCAUAAAAUAUAUUUUAAGUUUUUUUAUUUUUUGAAAGGUUGCCUUGCAUUACGUAAAAUUGUAUUUUAUAGUGAAAAGCGUAAUACUUUAUAGUGGAAAUUGAAGUCAUUUAUAAUGGGAUUUCGAUUUUAGUUAAAUUGAUCAUCAAGACCAGCGUUAACUGUUCUACUACAACUUCAAAUAUCUACAACUUAUUUUUGUAACACUUAUUGUGUGAUAGUUUUCGCUGGUCUAUGUUUUUUCCUCCUUUGGUGUUGGGAACUACAAUCUGUCUAUGGUUCAAUGAUCCCUCAUAUUAAUAUAGUUUUAUAAACUACAAAGUAUCUGUGAUUUUAUAUAUUA